AUGGAUAUGACUCAAGCCAAAAUCGAACAAGUUUCGCGAAGCAUAGAGUUAUUGCAUAUACAUACAGUGGAUGAUUUGUGUCAAAAGGAUGGCAACAUGGUUAAGGAAACCGUCGAACAAACUACCAAAGCGGAUAUGACGCGAGCCAAUGAGAACAACGAAUUUAAAGAGAUCGUCAAACUAAUGUUGGGAGCCAUUUUCUGGGAGGGAGACGUACUGCAAAACAAUGCAGAGAAAGAAUAUACCUAUGCCAAGAUAUCUGCCAAGUUAUCGCGAACUUCACUGCAAAUCAAGAAUUUCUGUUAUCCCGGGGAAACUCGACCAAGACCCAAAGCGCGGUUCAAUAAAAUAGCGAUUGAAAGUUUGUUGUCAAGCCAGGAAAUCCAUGACCAUCACGCCAACGAUAAGACAGUGAUUGGGAUGUUGGCAGAACAGAGAACCCACGACGAUCAU